UCCCUUCUGUCUAUGUCUGCCUCUCUUUCCUCAUCUCUCUCUCCCUUUUGCUCUGUCUGCCUGGCUGAGUUGGUUUCAGACAGUGCAUCACACACGUGCCACUCUAUGUCACUAGUAUCUCUCCACUCAUCUCCUCUCUCCUCCUCUCUCACCAUGGAGGCACAUAUCUGAAGAGUGGAUUGUUCCUCCUGUUUUCUCCUCUUCUCUCCUUUGCACUUCAUUCGGUGUGUUUGGGUGUCUGCUUCAGGGUGGGAAUGCUCGUGUCUGCGACAGCGCUGUUGGGGGCUACGUUGGGUACCGUGUCUGGAGUGUUGACACUGUGUGGUCUCUCCCUGCUUUGUAAGAGCUGUAAGAAGGGGAAACUUGAGAGAGGGGACGAAACUGACCCAGAGAAAGCCAAACCCAGUAUCCUGCAUACUCUAACACAGUUCAGUGUGCAGAAGUGCACCGAACCCAUCCAGCCUCAAGCAUCUUUGAAGUUCCCUAAAAUCUACCGGCCUAAACCUUCUGUCACUUCUCAAGAGGUAAUAAACUACAAAGAACAUGGAGCUGCCAAUGACACGUCUGCUGCCAAGCUCGACACCUGUAACCAGGCAACCGAACGUGAGGAGGUCUUCUCUCUCCCACGGCAAGCUUCUGCAGAUGAAAUGUCCUGCAUAUCUGAGCAAACCGGUGGCAUGACGACAAGUAGCUCCAUCCUAUAUCCUAAACUGCACUUCUCAAUCAGCCUGCACAAAGAGAGUGGAGAACUACACAUCAGCAUUGUAGAAGCGGAUAAUAUAUCAGUGGAUGCAGGAUGUGAAGGUUAUAUAUCAGGGUGUGUGAGUGUCUCUGAAGAGCAGAAGCACGCUCAGACAGCGGUCCACAAGCUGGCAGCACAUGUGCAGUGGGGAGAGGAGCUGGUGUUCACCCUCCCUGUAGAGGGCACCGAAGACACGGAUGGUCUAGAUGGAGAGGUGGCCCUCUCCCUUCACUGCUGUGAUCGAUUCUCCCAUAAUUCCACUCUGGGCACGAUGCGCUUUAAGCUGGCUGAUGUAAGCAUGAUGUUGGAUGCUGACUGCUGGGUUGACUUACAGCCACCCAAACAGCAGGAAGUGGCAUCAUCAGCUGGAGAGCUACUAUUGUCACUCAGUUAUCUGCCAGCAGCCAAUAGACUUGGGGUGGUAGUAAUGAAGGCUAGAGGACUUCAGUCAGACAAACUGAAAGACAACAUAGAUCUUUCAGUAAAGUUGACUUUGAAACAUCAAAAUGCCAAACUGAAGAAGAAGCAGACACGGAGAGUGAAGCACAAGAUGAAUCCGGUCUGGAACGAGAUGAUGAUGUUGGAGCUGCCCAGUGAGCUACUGGCUAAAUCCAGCGUGGAUUUGGAGGUACUGAACCUGGCUAGUCCCGGGACCCUGCUCCCCCUGGGCCGCUGCAUGCUGGGGCUCCACACCUCCGGCACUGGCCUGCAGCACUGGAAACAGAUGCUAGAUAAUCCACGCAAGCAAAUUGCAAUGUGGCAUCCUCUAUACACCUAAGAAUACAGUUUAAUAUUCUUCAAACCACCACUUAAACGCAAUGAUUUGUUAAACACGUGGUUGAAUUUUUACAAUAGUACUCUAUUCCUGUACACAGAUAUGUAGUACUCCAAUAUAAUAAAUAUUUAAGUAGAUAUAAUAAACGAACCCAGCUGUUAUCGUUUCGUAAUAUGAAACUAACUUCUCUGCAGGUAAACUACUUGUUACACAGUAGUUUAGAGUAUUUUAAUCUAAGCAGUGCUGCAUUAAAUGUUGGUGUUGUUGUUAACGUGUGUUUAAAAUACUCAUUGCUGUUUUAAACUGGUCCGAGUCGGAGCCAUCUUGAACAUUAUGACUGAACAACCCACCCAAUCAGGCAAAUGGCUCAUACCAAGUUUGGCAGAACAGACGUCCCUCAUAAUUAAUCAUAAACAAACAAUCACAACAAAUUUUAGGUGAAAACAAUCUUUGCCAGAUGAAGCCCUAAUAUGAUCCACAGACAGCAUCAAAGUACAGAAAUCAGUCUAAUGUGGUCAGAACACUUAGAGAGAUAACAAAACAUUAAAACAUUUUUGUUUUCCUGCUAUGUAGGGUUAUGGAUCCUCUUAGUCCCACUGUCACAGCUGGAAUGAUGGAGCCAUGCUCACUAACUGUUGAUUGUGGCUAGUAUCUUUACAACAGUAAUGCACUAAAUAAAUAUACAGGGUCUUAUUAGGGCAGCUUUACUCUUCUCAAGAUGCACGCAUAGUAUAAAAAUGUAAAUGUAUCACUGUCUUCUAAUUUAAAAAAAUGUAAAUAUAUAUAAAUAGCAGGAUAUGUAUACUAUAUAUAUAUAUAUAUAUAUAUAUAUCAGGCAACAGAUCCUGAUGUUGUAAAAUGUUGAAAUUUGAAUUUUAAAGAGAUAGUUCACCCAAAAAAUACUCCCCCUCAAGUUGAAUUAAUUUCUUUCUUGAGGGUGAGUAAAUGGUAACAGAAUUUUUGGCUGAACUAUCCCUUUAAAGAUGUUUGCCCCAUGUAAAAGUAUGGAUGUUUUAACCUAAAAAGUAUGUACUUUGACCUAAGUUAGUAUAUGCUUCCUUCUCUCCAUUUCCAAGCCAAAUUGUAGCCAAAUAUAACCCUGAUUUAUUCCAGAAAUGUAUUUGUGUUUCAUCAGGGUGCACAUUCUACAGAUGACAUGCCUAACAACUGACAUCAAUAACAGUAAUAUUUAGGCCUCUUAAACACAUACUGACCACAACCGCUCCUCUGACCAAUGCAUCCAAAUUGUAUGUAUCAAAUAUUCUUGGAAGGAAUGCAUAUUCUGUGCUAUAAUCAACAGAGUCACUCAACCAAAUGGCAAAUCAAAUCUAUCAGCUGAUUAUGUGAAUAUUCAGCUUAGUCACGCAAGAUAUUUGCUCAAGUAUUUGUUGUGUUUGUUUUAGUGUUAUCUGUUAUGUGUGACCUGAUUACAAUAAAAUCUAAUCUACAAUAAAAUAUGGUAAAAUCUACAAUAAAAUAUGAUUUUGAAUAAGAUCAUAAAUUAUUCAUCAGACACAAGCAUUAUUUUGAUUCUAAUAUAAUCAACCCGAAGGCAGUGUUCUUAAUUAUGUGCAAAUUUAGAAUUGCUAAUAAUUCAGUUAAUUAUUAGAUCACAAAAUGUUAAUUUCAGAACUAUUAUAAUAAAUUCAAACUUUAAAUAUAUAUUUCUAAAGGUUCCUUUAGAAGAAGCAGCAGCAGUCUUUUGGGUAAAUAUCUCAAUUUGCCCAUCUGUCAUCUUUUCGGUGCAAUGAUUUUCAGAUUUACAUCAUUUCUGUGCUUGAUACUUUUCCAGAGAGAGAUCACUGUUAAUCACUGAAAUCUGAUCCAUCUGUAUGGCUUACCGCAUAACACUCUUGAUUUCAUACAGACAGAAAUGUAUUUCUAUUUUAACCCACGGAUAUGCUUGAAACAAAUAGCCUUGUGUUGAUGUGAAAUAAAAAUUCUUUUCUCAAAAUGUG